AUGCGUAAUGAAAUAAACCUCUACUUCGCGUCCAAUGCGCCUAACGGUCCCACCCCCGCCACACUGUGGCUAGCACACAAGACCGUUAUCCGGGGGAUCCUGAUAGGUAGAGCGGCAUAUCUUAAAAGGGUCAAUCAUAACACUUUGAUCACACUCCUCAAAAGAGUUCAAGACCUUCACAGAUCAAACCAAGCAAAUCCCACCAAGAUACUCCAACAACAAAUACAAACCACGCAAAACGAAAUUAACGAAAUUCACCUCCGUAAGGCAAACGCAGCAUUGAAGAAACUAAAAGCCACUUCCUACUCAAUGGGAAACAAGGCUACGAAACUGUUAGCACUAAGACUACGCGACAAGCAAGCACAAACGAGAACACAAUUCCUAUACACACAAUCCGGGCAAAAAGUAAUGCAACCCACACAAAUAUGUAAUGAAUUCGCUCGCUGUAACGGCACACUGUACAACUCCAGACCACCCUAA